AAUCGAAGUAGAUUUAUUUAUCAAAGCCGGGAAAUUCCUUGGAUCUUGUCUUCAAACCAAACGACCCUAAGAGUUUCUGUAUGUCAACUGGAUGUGAUUAAUCAUUGAGUAUUGGUGCAAAUAGAUUAAAGAAAAUUUUGUUAUGUGAUGGACGGUUCUCAUUUAAUGAUGUAGAAAGGGUUGAUAUCAUGCCUUAUAUAACUUUAUCCUGAGAGGUCUUGUGAAGGCUAAGCUGUUUUAUCAUGUGAAUGCUUUUAAGGCUUAGAAAACAACCAAACACCGCUCCCUAUUUACUUGAGUCACGCCUUGCAUUACAUGUCUUUCUUUAUGAACUAAACUACUUCUACUUAUGUUUAUGUUCUCAUUCAUUCAUUUCAAAAUCCCUUAGCUUGGUGAAUCAUGAAAGACUUAUCUUUCUUUCAGUUGAAAAAUGUUAUGGGAGCUAAGAUGAAGAAAGGCUUUAAAAGCUUCUGUAAUAACGACACGUCUACUUCCACUCUCAAUUAUCAAACCACAGCCUCUGCUCGUCCUGCACUUUCAUCUCAUAAUUACACCAUGGAUAUAAGGGGAGGAAGCCAGACAACAUUGGAGGAGAUGUUGCUCCAAUUAGACAUGGAGGAGAAAAUGGCAAAGCUGAACCAAUAUGGGCCGCAUGUCCAACACAGAAUGUCAUGUGUCAAUAGUUCUGACAUACUAAGAACAGCUAGGAACGCCGCGUUAAAUCAGUAUCCCCGAUUCUCUCUUGAUGGCAAAGAUGCCAUGUAUAGGUCUUCUUUCCGUGACAUGUCUCCUUUACUAAACAAUGCAAGAAAUUGCAACCGCAAAAUGGACAUGAAAAGUAGUGAAACUCAAAACAUGCCCUCGACAAUAGCAGGAGAGAGAGUGAUUUGGUGUAAACCAGGAGUAGUAGCAAAGCUAAUGGGACUUGAUGCCAUGCCAAUUUCAAUGUCAGUGCACAGAAAGCAUAAUAAGGAUAGAAUCAUGAGUGCAGUUGUCAAAAGGCAAAGCCUGAGGAGAAGAGCAGAAAGGUACGAGAUGGAGAAAAAGAGAUCAUCAAGAGGAACGGUGACGGGAUGUGGUGGACGCAACUCGAUAGAGAUGAAUCAGAGCUCUUGUUCAAGAAAUGGCUAUUGUGUUGUGAAGCCUGUGGCGAUGGACCUUCAAGAAGUAGGCUGGCCAAUGCGAGGCGCGGUUUUGUAUAGAAAUAACGAUGCCAUGUAAGAUAAAAAUGUCAAAAAUAUAUACAAGAUCAUAGUAGCCUUUCUGUGUGUCAAAUUGAUUCGUCGUCUCUUUAUAUUUUUCUAGAUAAUUAGUUACAGGAAUAUGAGUAUAAACUGUAAGUAAUAAUGUGUGUUUGACCGUAGUCUAAAGCUAAGUCGCACGGACUCUUCACUUUUAAUAUCGCAUCUGUGUAGGAAUCUCCAAAAAUACACUAUUUUUGGCUAAUCCGACAUGCAGAAAUUUUGUA